CAAUAACCACUCAAAUCAAUAACUCCAAACCACAUCAACGUAUAAAGUCAAGGAGAUAAGAUAGCAGGAAUAAACACCCAUUUCGAAUUUAGCGGGACUCCUCCUCUUUUAGCAGACAACAAUGGCCGCCACAAGGAGGUUACAGAAGGAGCUGGCGGACAUCCGAAGGUCUGGCAUCAAGUCGUUCCGGGACAUUCAGGUGGAUGAGAGCAACAUACUCACCUGGCAGGGACUCAUUGUGCCGGAGAACCCACCCUACAACAAAGGAGCAUUUAGGAUUGAGGUCAACUUCCCUGCGGAGUACCCAUUCAAACCGCCUAAGAUCAACUUCAAGACCAAGAUAUAUCACCCCAAUGUGGACGAGAAGGGCCAGGUGUGUUUGCCAAUCAUUAGUGCCGAGAACUGGAAGCCGGCCACUAAAACAGAUCAAGUGAUCGAGGCGCUGAUUAACCUGGUGAAUGAGCCUGAACCGGAGCAUCCCUUGCGCGCUGAUCUGGCCGAGGACUACACCAAAGACCGCAAGAAGUUCAUGAAAAAUGCCGAAGAAUUUACCAAGAAGAACUCCGAGAAGAGGCCGGCUGACUAACGUGGCUUGGUAGACUUAGCCUGUGAUCUAGUGUGGCAUUUGUCAGGCAGAUGGUUCCUCUCUAAUGUUCCCCUGUUGGUUUGUCUGCCCUUCUUGCUCUCUAUUUUGUCUAUUUCUUCCCUUGCCACUGUCUUUCUUGAUUGAUCCUUCUAUCUUUUCUACUUUUUCUCCCUCCUCCUUUCUGUCAUCACUGUUUUCUUGUUUUAUUCCUUUCCUUCUCUCUCUCUGUCCUUGUUUUUUGUUUUUUUCCAUUUGUUGAUUCAUAUUCUGCUCCUUCCUCUUGUUCCUCUGUUCCUUUCAUUCAUUUUCUUGUGUUCUGUGUCUUUUGUUCCUCUAUUUGGUAACAUGCAUUCUUCUUCCUCUCUCCUUUCUGUUCACUUAUCUUCUAUUAUAUCACUUCCUCUUCCUCCUUCGUCAUUCCUGCGUCUUGUUCUGUUUUUCCUUUCUCAUUUAGUCUCGUGUCUCACUCAGUUAUCUUUUCCUCCUUUCAAAUAAACCCUAUCUUACUCCUUUAUUCGUUGCUGCAUUUUAUAUAAACCCUUGCAUUUCUUCCAUCUAUCCACCAAUAUCCUCCUCCAGUGUCAUUGUCCACAUCCUGUCUUCCACUCAGCUCCACGUUAUCCAGCUCCUGUAUUCUGUAACCUGUAUUUUGUCUAUCCACACGAUUUACCUCUCUGCUUCGUCUUCUAACAUUUUUAUAAUCCAUAUUUCGUCUUCCACUCAUUUAUAUCUUGUUCUAUUUUUGUUUAUCCCUGUAACGUUUCCUCUGUUUAGGCCACGGUUCACCCAUCUCCCUCCCCCAGUGUGUCUUGUCUUGUCUUCCGUUUGUCCAUGUCUUACCUUCUACUCCUGUCUCUCUAUUGUCUGGUGUCCCAUGCUCCCCCCUGUGCCCCCUGCUCCCUCCUGGCUCCCCCAGCUCAUCCACUUCCCUGUAACCUGUGAUCUGAUGACCCCCAUAUCUAACACAGCAGUGUCAUCUGGUGGUGAGUGAGUGCGCUGUGUAGUUUGUAAUGUUCCCCGCCCCCAGGCACCCCCAGGCACCCUCCCCCACCGGCACCCCACAGACACCCCACAGGCACCCGUCAUGUGAGUGUUGUGAGAGGGUGGUCUGACCAGCAGCCUUGUGUUACACUCUCAGCUGUGUUGUGGUGUCUGUGGGGGAACACAGCUAGGUCAUCUGUAGGUCAGUACUGCCUGGAGUUAUCAUGAUAGGUCACCACAGCUGUCACCACCACCACCACCGCCGCCGCCACCAGCCCCCCAGUGCCCUGCCUCGUGAUCUGCCUGACAAGUGCCCAUGAUAUUUUUGAGAUAUAUUAGCUUCCUAAGUCUUGCUGCUUUUACAGGUAUUUUUGAAGUAAAAUGAUGUGGAACCAAGUUCAUGUGAUUAAAUUAAUGAGAUUCAGAUGUUGUAGUGUACCGGUGGUGACUCCUGGCUGCUCCACUGUUCCCCCCCUCCCCGCUGGGCUCCACCCCCCAACCCCCGCUGCAAGACAAUAAUGCCACCCCUAGCCAUGCUACGUUUUGUCUGGUUUGAGUACAUAUCACUCAGUCACACCACGGAGGGAAUUGGACGCCCGUCAGUCGUGUCAAAUUGGUCCGAACUUCAAACAAUUGUUGCAAGAAUUGGCUGUGACUAUGUUAUAAGUCUGUUGGCCCAGCACCGGCGGGCCGUGAGGAGACACCCCCAGCCCCCAACCACCCCACCGCCACCCCACACCCCGCCACCCCGUGGCAGCCCAGCGUGGGGCGGCCAGGAGUCCCGCCUGCACUCCCCCUACUGGUACGAGCUUCGCCUCAGAGCGACCGACACGUCCCGCAAGUGUUGGCGUGGGGGCGGGAGGCUUGCCGGCCUCCGUCCUUGUUUUGUACUUAAGACUCCCACAGUCUUGUGACUCCCGCUGCCGCUCCCCAGCAGCCACUGCGCGCCGGAGAGCCAGGCGGGAACUGUCUCAAGUUGAGACACACUAAGAAUUGCAACCCCCGCCGGGCCGGGGCGGCGCCGGGGGUGACGUGACCCGCAGGAACACGGUUGGUCUGAUCAGUAUUGUCCUCCGCGAGCCAACAUCGGGACGGCUGCAGUUUUUAUACCUAAUGUUUAUCCAAGGGAAUGCAAGGUGGAGGAAGGGCAGGACCUUGACAAGAAACACUUGCCUUAUACCGUGUGUUUGUUUGUGGCGGCCGGCUCCACUGCCGCUGCUGCUGCUGCCGCUGCCGCUGGGCCUCAAGUGUUGACGUGCUGCCCAGCUUUAGUUUCUUUUUGUUCUGUCAGUCUGAGAAGCUGUGGGUGGGCCAUGCGUGGCGAGGCCGCCGCCCCGCAACCUGCGUGCGUCACUGAUGCACGAACCAAGCCCGGCUUGCCCGGCUGCUGCUGCUGCUGCCGCUGCUGCCGCUGCUGCCACCCUCCCACACCAUAGAUGCAGCAAUAGCAAGGGACAAGAGACACUGGUCAAUUUAUGCCAUUAUAGCAAAACCAACAAAUGUUAUCAGUCGUUAUCAUUGAUGAGUCCAGCUUGACUUGUGUACACAGAUACAUGUAGCAGCACCACCACCAUCACCACCGCCACUACCACUACCACCACCACCAAUACCACCACCACCACGUGAAGCAGGCACGGUGCUUCACCCACACCGGGUAUUGGCCAGUGUCUUGGCCCAGGGUGUCUAGGAUGGCAGUGCAGUGUCUGGCUGUCACCCUCAGUGGGGAGGGAACACUGCCCAAGCCCAGCAAGGGAAGGCUCACAACACCUUGCCGGACACAUUUUACAUCAAGAACCAACCAGACUUAGAGAACAGCACUUGAAAUGCUGCAACUUUCUGGUUUUGAGAAUUUUAAAUUAAGAAACAGCCAGACAGAAGAAAAGGCUGUCUUAAUGUUGGAAAUAUCUGGUCUUGAGAAUUUUAGAUCAAGGAAGAAGUUUGGUGAUGCUUUUCACACUCCCAUGUCUAUUGAGGCCUAAUACCCAUCAUUAUUAUUAUUAUUAUUAUUAUUAUUAUUACUGCCGAGGGACUCAAUAAUAAUAAUAUUUUACAUAGCGAUGUUUGUAGAAUGUGUAAGAAUUGUGAAUGCGAUCAGUAAGCAUGGUCUUGUUAUACCUCUGUCAAUACUCCAGCGCUUCUUGGUAACUAUUGCUCCUCAUUCUUCACCUUCGCUCACUUUUCAUCGACUUCCCCGUAUCAGAAACAAGAGGAAGUCAUCGUGCUACCUGCUUGUGUUGCUCAGGCGUCUGCAUCACCGUCGGCAACACAGAACGCUCCUUAUAUACAACGCAAGGAUCUGUAGACUCAACACUUUGCUGUCUCGUCUCUGCUGAUUUUUUGACAGGUUCAUGUGGAGGUUGCCAGGGUUUUCAAGGGUGUCUUCAUGGUUCCAGUGGUAAUUUUGAUAAGGGUUCUGUGUUUUGGUUACAUAACAGUUUAUUGGGAGUUACUCAGGGUCUUCAAGGGAGUUUUAAGGAUUGUAGUAAUGUUUUGAGUAAUUUUUAAGAAUGUUGGAAGGUACUGGUGGUUUUCAAGUGUUUUCAGAAUGCUAGUGGUGGUUUGAAUACUUUUUAACACAUUGGAAGUUACUUGGGGUAUUCAAGGGUGUUUUUUAGGAUACCAGUGAUAGUUAAGCAAGUAUUACAGGUACUUUUUAACACGCUGUGAAGAGUUACUAGGGAUUUUAAGGGUGUUUUCAAGAUUCUUGUAGUUUAAGAAGCAUUCCUACCUUCACUCCUUUUAACAGGCCUUAAUGGAAGUGUAUAGGGUUUUCAAAGGUGUUUUGAUGAUUCUAGUUUAAGAAGUAUUUCAUAUCUUAACUGCCUCUUAAAGAAUAUUUAAAGUUAUUCGACUUCUCAAGGAUAUUUCUAUGACUAGUAAUAGUUCAAAUAUUCUACACCACUGGCAGGAAGAAACUUGUGAAAACCCAACUAACACUCCACAACAUCAGAAAACAGUCACAGAAAGAGAGCAAGCGUUGACAGAGUGCAGACCCUUUUGUACGGCAGGCAGGUGUGUCCAGGUGAACCACAGGGACUAAUUAGUAGAGGUAUGGCCAGAGGUACCUCCCGUGUGUGCUGUUUUGAGAAGACUUUAUUUUUUUUUCAUAUCACAGUAUGUCAGUGAAGGUUUCUCGGUACCAGUGUGAACAAAUGGUGUCAGUAGCCAGUGUAGAAGAUUGCUGAGUCUUUGUGGAGCAAGAGUGUUUUGUAGAUUUUUUAUUAUAAUUAUUUUAUUUUUUUUUUGAACCAUGUGAUUGUUAUUAUUAUUGUUAUUAUUAUUAUUAUUAUUAUUAUUAUGAUUAUGAUUGUCAUUCUUACUCAGUUGUAUUUCUGUUGCAAGAGAAAUUAGAGGUGCAUAAACUUG